AGGGACUUUAAGAUAACGUGAUAAAAAAAGUUCUAUAUACAAUUGGAGAGAUGUCGUCGGAGAGACUUAUAUACUCUCCUGUGGGAGUCAUGCGUGGAUCUGUGGAUGAAAACGGGGUACACAUCUUGGAACAAGCACAGAAGAGUAAGAGCGAUGAUAGUUCAAUUGGAGUUUCCUGCUGUGCAACCGCGUCACUGUCUCCAAAUGCCGGUCUAACCGACCAACAAACAGAAAAUUAUAUCCCAUACCAUCAUAUCAUCUGGUGUGAAGCAUCCACGACCGAUAACUCUCUGACCGUGUUGAACAUAAUAUACGUGAACCCAGCUCUGCAAAAAUGUCAACCUAGAAAUAUCAAAAUUGAAUUAGAGAAUUCUCCACUGAUUAAUCCGUUUGGUUCCGCUGGUCCAGAAUCGACAACUUCUAUUGCACAAAGGAUCUUAUCCCUUGCUUAUAGUAACCAUAAAGCCGCGCCAUCCAUUCUUGUUAUUAUUAACCCUCAUGGAGGCCGCGGUAAGGCGCUUGAAAUUUACGAAUCUCAAAUCUUGCCAAUCCUUCAAGCUGCAAAAGUUACAGUUCAUCUCAAGGAAACAACUCAUUAUCAGCAUGCAGUGGAGAUUGCCAAAACCUUGGAUAUUUCGCAAUAUGAUAUCAUUGCUUGUUGUUCCGGGGAUGGUAUUCCUCAUGAAAUUAUUAAUGGAUUCUAUCAACGCCCUGAUAAAGGUUUAGAAGCAUUUGAAAAAAUCGCAGUUACCCAGCUUCCAUGUGGUUCUGGAAAUGCCUUAUCACUCAGUACUCAUGGAAGUAAUAACGCAGCACUUGCUACCUUUUCCAUGUUGAAGGCAAAAAGAUCUAAACUCGAUCUUAUGGCAGUUACCCAGGGCCAAGGGCUUAAACAAGUCACAAGAUUGUCAUUUUUAUCCCAAUGUUUUGGAAUAAUUUCAGAUGCUGAUAUUGGAACUGAACAUCUUCGUUGGAUGGGUGCUGUUAGAUUUGACAUAGGAGUUGUGCAGAGGGUAUUUUCAAGAGCAAAGUACCCUUGUGAUUUAUAUGUCAAUUAUGUGACAAAUUCCAAGGCUGAAGUUGAUUACCACUAUAGAGAACAUUCCGCCAAAGCUUCGUCAAAGACUCAAUCACCUAAAAGUCUCACGGCGCAAGAUUUUGACUUAAAAUACCCUCCAUUGGACGAGAAAGUGCCUGACAAUUGGACUAAAGUUUCUGAAGAAAUUUCAAAAAAUUUAAAUAUUUUAUACGUGGGGAAAUUACCGUAUAUUUCAAAUGAUGUACAAUUUUUCCCUGCAGCAUUACCAAAUGAUGGAAGUAUGGACAUGGUCAUAACUGAUACAAAUUCAUCCAUCUGGGAAACCACCAAAAUUCUUUUGUCUCUUGACAAGGGUUUACAUGUGCAUAACUCGAACGUCCAACAUUCCAAAAUCCUUGCGUAUAGACUAGUACCACGCUUGCCUGAUAUAACAAACCAUUACUUAUCUAUUGACGGUGAAGAUUUCCCAUUUGAAGCUCUCCAGGUGGAAGUAAUGCCUGGUGUUCUCACAUGCUUACUCCCUGAAAGUGGUUUUGUUGAGACUUCAUUUUCCAAAUAAAUUGAAUUCUUUUAAUU